AUGGGGGUUAGCGACAUUGCUGAUCAAUAUUUUGCAUACGAGAACAGAGUCGCAUCAUUUCAAACGGCACAGCAACUGACGAAGCGGAGGACAUCGAACGCGAGCGCGAAAGCACCAAAGUCCUUGAAAUGGCCACACAAAUUUCUUUCCCCUGAAGAGCUUGCGAAAGCAGGGUUCUUCUACUAUCCCCUCCAAAACAACCCCGAUAACGUAGCCUGUUUCCUCUGCCACAUGUCUCUCGAUGCAUGGGGGAAGCAUGAUGAUCCUCUUGUGGAACAUCUUAAACACUCUCCAGAAUGUGGAUGGGCAAUUGUAGCGAUGAUCGAGAGACAGGACGGGGUACUGAGUGAGGAAUCACCGGCGAGUAGGAGAAUGAUCGAGGCACGAAAAGCAACCUUCGCAGACAAAUGGCCACAUGAGAGCAAGAAGGGGUGGAAGUGUAAGACUAGACAGAUGGUGGACGCUGGUUGGAAAUAUACACCAACACCAGAAGAUGAUGAUAUGGCUACGUGCACAUACUGCCAACUGGCCUUAGCUGGCUGGGAAAACUCAGAUAAGCCUCUGGACGAACACUUUAGUCGCUCUUCAGAGUGCGCUUUCUUCACUCUCAUCAACCAGGUAAAAAGUCCUGCCGUCAAACGAACCAAACCCAAACGAGCCUCCAAAAUUUCGAGGCUCUCCACACAAUCGCAAUUUACCGUUGCGUCAGAUGCACAGUCUGUGACAGAUGUAGCAGCAGAAGAGGGAGAUAGUAUUUUAACAACUGCGACGAAUGCGACUGCGACCCAGGGUGGCAAAAAAAUGGGGAAAGCAAAGAAGGCUCCCGUAAAGGGCAAAAAGACUAGAACGAAGAAGACAGAGCCUGUUGAGGUUGAAGCAGCUCCAGAAUCAGAGCCGGAAGAUGCUGUUCCUGAUGUCAAGGCCGACGCCGCCCCGAAACCAACCCGGGGAAGGAAGAGGAAGAGCGAGCAAGAGCAUGAUUCUACAAUGUCAGCUUUGGAAGAUGCACCACCUCCACCAAAGCGCCGGAAUACCAGAACACAGCGAAGCAUGGCAGUCGAUGAUUCAGUAAUGAAAGACACUGAGAAUGUGUCACAACAACAAGAAGUUCCACAGAAGGGUCGAAAGGGUCGGGCUACUAGGGGAAGCACGGCCAUGGACGAUUCAGUACUCAGCGUGGCUGAAAGUGUGUCACGGGAGCAGGAGGUUCCACAAAAGGGCAAAAGGGGCAGACCUUCACGUAAAGCUUCAACUGCGUCCGUCGCGCCUACAAGGGCCCCCAUACCCAAUGAUGACGAAAUAGAUGCAGCUUUGGAAGCAGAUCUUGAACGGAUGAGUGAUGAAGAAAUUCCGAUGCCUCCUAAGAAACCUACUCGAGCUAGCAAAACAGGCCAUGCUAUGUUCAAUACCGAGCCAAUGGAAAUAGAUGAAGCGGUUAUUGAUGCAGAGCUUGAAGCUAUGGAGGUUGAUUCGAAGCCUUUGCCGAAGGCUAAAGGGGCCAAGGUAAAACAGCCAAGAAAGGUCUCUGCCAAACAACAGGCCGCUGCAAAGAGAGCCGCUGAAGCUCAAGCCCAGGCUCAAGCGGAAGUUGAAGCUGCUGCGGCUGUGAUUGAGGAGGAGGCAGAGAGGAGUGCCGAAGAAGAAGCAGCUGCUCAGCAAAUUGCCGUAGAACUCGAGCAAAGCAUGUCCAUUCAGCAUUCUUCACCCCUUCUACAACCAAAGAAGCAAAGAAGCGUUUCUCGCCAGCCUGCACGAAAGCCUGUUGGACGGGCUACUCGUGGAUCCACUUUGUCUACCAACGACCAGGAUACAUCUAUGACGAAUAGCGUUCAUGAAUCUGCUGCUGGCCAUGCAAAUGACUCUGGCCAUGAAACCGAUGCUAGCACGGCUAGCCAGUCGACUGUUGUGAGAGGUGGUACUCGACGUGGUAGCACUAUGAAGGGAAAGGGCAAGGGAGGGAAAAAGGGUGCUAAACACAUCGAAGAGAUUGUGCAUCAACACGUGGAGCAUUCUCUAGCAAUUGAGACCGAAGAGGAGAAUUUCUACACGCCUGCCCCCGAAGCGCCGCCCGUUAUUGAAGAACCCGUUGAAGACGUUCCAAAGAAGGCAGCAAAGCCCCGAGGCCGCCCAAAGAAGUCACAAACACCAGUCCCUCAGGACAGUGUCCUAGAAAUGGAAGACGUCCCAGAACCAAUGCAUCCAAAGACGAAGCAAGCGAAAGGCAAGGCACCUGCUGCGGUGCCUAGAUCUCCUACACCUCCGGCACGGGAGAUGACACCUUCAGAAUCACCGCAAUCCUCGGAUGCAGAAAAUCACCCACCUUCUUCAAAGCCCUCUGCGGCUACCAAGAAGACCGUUACGCCUCAUUCUACAAAACGUAUUCCCCUCGCAGAAACAAGCACACCCAGCAUGUCACCAUCAAAGCGAAACAUCAUCGCUGGACUACAAACGCUUCACCCAUGGUCUUCUGCCGACUUAGAUACAGUCUUCAUGAAGUCGCCUUGCGGCGGGAACGUGGUUAUGAAUACAAAGGCUCUUUUCGGAGAGGAGAUGAAGACCAGUGCCCUGGCAAGUCCGGAGAAAAAGAUGAACGUAGAGGAGUGGAUUCAUUAUAACGCUGAAAAGGCGGAAGAGAGGCUAAGAAAUGAGUGUGAGCGUAUGGUAAGCACCUUUGAGCAGCAAGGUACGAGAGCUAUGCGCGCGCUGGAGGGGAUUGAGUGUCUUGAAUAA